GGGACGGAGCGAGCGCGGAUCCCGGCUCUCCGGCUCGCAAACCCCGGGCCACAGCUUUCCGCGCGCGCCCGAGCCGCCGGCCGCCCGCGCAGCCCGACGCGGAAGCCGGGCGCAGCGCGAGCCGGUGCAGGACGGGCGCGGGGCGCUGGGCGCGGGGCGGCGGCGGCCGUCCAUGAGGCGGGCUGGGGGCCGCCCGGCGCCGGGAAGCACGCGGGGGCGAGGCGAGGCGGCCGCCGGCCGCUCCGGGACACGGACCGCCAGGAGUUGAACACCACCUCCAUCUGCAGAAAAUUGGCACCAUCUCUGAGGAGCCCUUGCUUUUCCUGGGACACCCAGCAUCAUGGUUUCCUGUUUCACGGAGUCUCUCAGUGUCCUGGGUUCCCUCCUGCUGCUUGGAUUCCAGCUCGUCUACCCACAGCCCUCCACUGAACACAGAAAGGUCCCGCAGCGGAUGGCGGUGGCCGAGGGCGCCCCCGAGGACGGCGGCGGCGGCGCCCCGGGCGUGUGGGGCGCCUGGGGCCCCUGGUCCGCCUGCUCGCGCAGCUGCAGCGGCGGCGUGAUGGAGCAGACGCGGCCUUGCCUGCCCAGCUCCUACCGCGCACGCGGGGGACCGCGGCCCGGAGCCCCCGCGCACGCCUUCGCGGGCCACGUGGUGUCAGCCGUGCGCACGUCGGUGCCGCUGCACCGGAGCCGCGAGGAGCCACGCGCCCCCGCCGGCCUCAACUCCAGCCGCCAGGGUCCGGCGCUCCGAGGCAGUCGGCACCCGCAGGCCCGGGCCCGCGAAUCCACGGCGGAGAGAAGGAGCAGGACCCGAGGUCCCAUAGGCCCUGGCAAGUAUGGCUAUGGUAAGGCCCCGUACAUCUUGCCGCUGCAGACAGACUCUGCACACCCGCCACAGAGGCUUCGGAGGCAGAGGCCCUCAUCACGACAUUCCAGGUCCCAGGGGGCAUCUGGUUCUAGCCAUGGCUACAGCCCUGCAGCCCACCGGGCCCCGCAACAUGGACCUCUGUACCAGAGUGACAGUGGCCCUCGUUCUGGACUGCGAGCCUCAGAGGGCUCCAUCUACCAGCUGCCUUUGACCCAUGACCAAGGCUUCCCUGCAGCCUCAAGUCUCUUCCACAGCCCAGAAACAAGCAGCAGCCCUGGCCUGGGGGCCCACAGGACAGCUCAGAGCUUCUCCCAACCUGCCCGAUCUACAGCAAUCUCCUGCAUUGGGGCCUAUCGGCAGUACAAGCUGUGCAACACGAAUGUGUGUCCAGAAAGCAGUAGAAGUAUCUGGGAGGUACAGUGUGCAUCCUACAACAACAAGCCGUUCAUGGGCCGGUUUUAUGAGUGGGAACCAUUUGCAGAAGUCAAGGGCAGCCGGAAGUGUGAGCUGAACUGCCAGGCAAUGGGCUACCGCUUCUACGUACGGCAAGCCGAGAAGGUCAUCGAUGGUACCCCCUGUGACCAGAAUGGCACGGCCAUCUGUGUGUCUGGGCAGUGCAAGAGCAUUGGCUGUGAUGACUACCUAGGCUCCGACAAAGUCGUGGACAAAUGCGGGGUGUGCGGAGGCGAUAACACGGGCUGUCAGGUUGUGUCGGGUGUGUUUAAGCAUGCCCUCACCAGCCUGGGCUACCACCGAGUUGUUGAGAUUCCCCAAGGAGCCACAAAAAUCAACAUCACCGAGAUGUACAAGAGCAACAACUAUUUGGCCUUGCGAAGUCGUUCUGGUCGCUCCAUCAUCAACGGGAACUGGGCAAUUGACCGGCCCGGGAAAUACGAGGGCGGAGGGACCAUGUUCACGUACAAGCGUCCAAAUGAGAUUUCGAGCACUGCCGGAGAGUCCUUUUUGGCUGAAGGUCCCACGAAUGAGAUCUUGGAUGUCUAUAUGAUACACCAGCAGCCUAACCCAGGAGUCCACUACGAGUACGUAAUCAUGGGGAACAACGCCAUCAGCCCGCAGGUGCCACCUCACAGGAGACCAGGGGAGCCCUUCAACGGCCAGCUGGUACCAGAAGGGAGAAGCCAGCAGGAGGGAGAAGGGAAAGAGGGGGACGAGGAGAAGGCAGCCGUGCACGGCGGGGCUCCUGAAAUAUUCACCUCGGAAUCAGCACAGACCUUCCCGGUCAGGCAUCCAGAUAGAUUCUCUCCCCAUCGACCGGACAAUGUGGUGCCAGCAGCACCACAGCCCCCACGGCGGAGCCGAGACCACAACUGGAAGCAGCUGGGGAUGACAGAGUGCUCGACAACCUGCGGGAAAGGCUCGCAAUACCCCAUUUUUCGCUGUGUGCACAGAAACACUCACGAAGAGGUUCCAGAGAGCUACUGUGACUCAAGCAUGAAGCCGACCCCCGAGGAGGAGCCCUGCAACAUCUUCCCCUGCCCAGCCUUCUGGGACAUCGGGGAGUGGUCUGAGUGCAGCAAAACCUGUGGCCUGGGCAUGCAGCACCGCCAGGUUCUGUGUCGCCAGGUGUACGCCAACCGCAGCCUGACGGUGCAGCCCUACCGCUGCCAGCACCUGGAGAAGCCCGAGACCACCAGCACCUGCCAGCUCAAGAUCUGCAGCGAAUGGCAGAUCCGGACAGACUGGACCUCGUGCUCAGUGCCCUGCGGAGUGGGGCAGAGGACCCGCGACGUGAAAUGUGUGAGCAACAUUGGGGACGUGGUUGAUGACGAGGAAUGCAACAUGAAGCUGCGGCCCAAUGACAUCGAGAACUGCGACAUGGGGCCCUGCGCCAAGAGCUGGUUCCUGACCGAGUGGAGCGAGAGGUGCUCGGCGGAGUGUGGGGCUGGGGUGCGGACACGCUCGGUGGUGUGCAUGACCGACCACAUCGGCAGCCUGCCGCUGGAGGGCUGUGGGAACAACCGGCCGGCGGAGGCCACGCCGUGUGACAACGGGCCCUGCACGGGCAAGGUGGAGUGGUUUGCGGGCAGCUGGAGUCAGUGUUCCAUCGAGUGUGGGCGCGGGACCCAACAGAGGGAGGUGAUUUGUGUUAGGAAGAAUGCAGACACCUUUGAAGUGCUGGGCCCCUAUGAAUGUUCCUUCUUGGAGAGACCCCCCAGCCAGCAAUCCUGCCACCUCAAGCCUUGCGGAGCCAAAUGGUUUAACACAGAAUGGAGCAUGUGUUCCAAGAGCUGCCAGGGCGGCUUCCGCGUCCGGGAAGUGCGCUGUCUGUCUGAUGACAUGACCCUAAGUAAUCUCUGUGACCCUCGGUUGAAACCAGAAGAGAAAGAAUCUUGUAACCCUCAGGACUGUGUCCCUGAAGUCGAUGAGAACUGCAAGGACAGGUACUACAACUGCAACGUGGUGGUGCAGGCCAGGCUCUGCGUCUACAACUACUACAAGACCGCCUGCUGCGCCUCCUGCACGCGCGUGGCCAACAGGCACUCGGGCUUCCUGGGGAGCAGAUAACACCCCGAACCGCAUGCGUGGGCAGGUCAGGGCGUGUGCGGGCGGUGGGACUGGCUGGCUGCUGCCCCACCGGGGGCUCCCUGGCCUGGGGAGCUGCCAGCCAACUAGGCACCAGCCCGCCUGCGGAAAGCGUACACACGGUGCCCAGGAGCAAGGCCAUGGUUGUCCUUUGAGCAUCACCACGAACUGAGGACCACCUCCUUCAGAAACCUGGCACCUGUGCCCUCUGCAGACCAAGUGCUGGGGAGUGUGUGUGGCCCCCAGCCGACUCCCGUCCUGGCACUUUCCAAGUCAGCAGUCGGGCUUUGUCUGGGCGCUGCCUUGUCGCGGUGCUGAGGGGCUUUCCAAUAUCAGUGCCCCUUGGAGAGUCAGAGGAGGCAGCACCCUCACCCGAGAGCCCCCCUAAGCCUUGCUAAGGUACCUGCAUCCCUCUGUUACCUCAGCCAGGCUGUGCCUAUUUUCAUUCUCAAAGACAUUAGGCUGUUUUCCUGCCUUACGACACAAGUAUCUCAUGCCAGCUUAGUGCUUCCUUAUUUCGCAGGUGUAUUCAGAGAUAUUAGUUCAGCAGCAGCUCACAGCGCCCCAGAGUGGGAGGCAGGGAAUGGAUCCUUGUCCCUAUUUUACUGACAAGGAAACUGAGACUCAACUUAGGUAACUCACCUGCCGUGUAUCAGGUAAUCACCCGUUCAGGGGCAGGGCUGAGUCCCGACUCCCGUCGUCUGACCACAAAACCCUCACCCUGAGGCCUGUCCAGAAGUCUUAGGUCUGCAGGAUGUGGCUUCACUUGAGACCAGGAGGCUGAGACGUUUCCCAUUCAGCAAACAAAGCCCAGACUUUUGAAUUCUUUCCUCUGGCCAAAAGUCAAGGCUUUAUCCCCUGAGUUCAGUUGUUUCAGGAGUCUGUUUCUUUUUUCCCUUCCCCCACAAAGACACAGGUCCUGGUGACAGGACUCUGCACGGUUUCUUAAACCCCAUCCUUAACAGAACUAUGCCAUGAGAUAAGAAAGCCAUUGAGGUAGCAAGGUGAUUGCCUGAAAUUCUGAUUCCUCUAACCAGUGGUACAUGCCACCCAUGGAACCCUACGUCGAGGUCCCUUUGGCCUUUUGUCUCCCAGAGCAGAUUUCCAGAGCACACAGCUCAGCACGCUGGGCUCUUGCCCCGGCCUCUCACCCCUUACUCUCCUGGGCUGUUUACCACACAUCGCCCAGUGGAAAGUCUAACCAACCUGUCCCAGCAAAAGCCCUAUGUUCAUAUUAGAAAGAGUUUCCCUUAGUCUUUCUGGUUUGAUUUGUGGAUUUCUGUCUGUGGCUUUGCAUCCCUCUCUUCCCCCGUGACUCACAACCCAUAUCCCCCCCUCCCAUGUGAGAGCACUAAGAUCUGUGUUAAUGCAGCCAGGCUCAACUCCACCAAGAUAUGGCCGCAGCAGCAGGGUCUUCCCUGAGUCACUUCAUUUAACUCUGUAGUUCCCGAGGCCUCUGGCUGGCAGGGGAAUGCAGUGCACGUGAAAGAUGAACUAUCUGAAAAAUCAGUGAAGAAAAAGAAGGGGGGAAGUAUAUAUAUAUAUAUUCUUACACUCAUUAAGAAACAUAAUCAGGCUGAAUGAAUUGGAAGCGUAUAGAAAAUUUAUCUUAUUUAGUACUAUGGUCCUGGGCCUAUUUCCCUUUCAAAGCAAGCAUUUACUCUGAAAUUCAUAGCAACUGAGUUUCUCCCACCAGCCCUUUAACCCAAAAGUCUGCUAAUUUGAUGAUGGUCUGUAGCUUUUGGAAGCAGUAUCACCAGCUCAGUCUGACACACUCCAUUAGGUUCCCACUACCCUUGAGCUUUCAGAAAUUCUAUUUGCCCUUUUUAUAAGUAUCCUUCUGUUUCUGGAAAGCACCCCAUCUCCCCCGAUCCUUACGUAACUCGUGCAACAAGCAGCAGGGCCGAGACCCAGAUUGCUGUGCCCGCCAAGCAAAAACAGAGCAGAGAGGCCAAGCACGUGGCUGAUUUCCAUGCAGCAUCCGCUCUCUCCCGCUCGCCACCUGCCUUUGCUUUUCAUCCCAGGAGAGUGUUUCCCUUAUGCAGCCACUCUUAGAUUUUGCUCUACAAGCCAGUCCUUUGAAGGAUUCUUUGGAGGAGGCUUUCUUUACAUGCUGGAGGUCAGAGCAAGAUCAAUGGGUGGAAGAGCAGAAAGGCUGAUUUCAGCUCAAAUUAAGGGAAAACCUUCUAGCCACCCAGACUGCCCAACACAACAGAGGUGUGGCCGCCAUACACGUGAGCUUUCCAGUCUCAAAGGGAUUUCUCCACCAAGUGGGAGGUGAGCACUCCGGGUCCUUCCAGCUCGGGAUUCUCACGACUGGGCUGGGGCAGUGACAGCCUUGUCUCUCUGACACCCAGCAGUGUUAUGUGGCUCCUAAAUGUUACCUAACCGUUCUUUACAGGGUCAGUGAUCCUCCCAUGAGAACGGCCAUCCUGCCAGUUGUGGCAUUGGGUGGGAGCAAAUAAAUCAACCCAGUGUCUUCAGGGAAAGGAAGUACUGAAACUAGGGGUCUUGUUUCUCUUGCAACAAAUAGGUAAACUAGUAUUGGAAUUCAUUUAUGUCUGGAAAGGUUAUAAGUUGCUAGAUGAGGGGUUUUAUCAGCUUGUCUUGGAAAUCCGAUUUUUACUAACUUCCUUGUUUCUUAUAUCAGCCUCUAAAUGCCUUUGUUCUCAGCCCAACACACAUGAUGAUGUCCUGUAGUAUUUCCAGUGACAAUGGUCCCUUCUCCCUCCAGAGAUGCCUCUUUCUCAUUUUCUUGACCCCCUUCCCUCACCUUCUCCUUCCUGUGACCCACCAGCUCCUUCUCAGUGCUCUGCCUGGUCCCAUAACGGGCCAUGAUGCAAAAAUUGAAAUUUACAUUUUAAUACAGUUUGUUUUUUCUUCCUGUGUACUAGAUUGCCUCUGUCCCUGCCCGGAAUUUAAAAAUUAGGUGAAUUAAAGCUGUUCUGUGUUUUUCGCACAAAAACAUCAACAAAGCUACGAACAGAAACAGUUUGUUUUUUUACUAUCACUUAUUAGAAAAGGAAAGUGUGCCCCCUUGCAGCCUAGGCAAAGGACAUUCAGUACAGCCCAUCCUUCCCAUCCUCACGUGGACUCCCGUUUCUCCCCCCAGAAAAGGAACAGCAUAAGAAACAUGACACUGGAAAAAAUAAAUACAUAAAGCUUGUAAACCCAGCCACUAGAUAGAGUUAGUUCAGUUCAUUACAGGCGUGUUCACUGCCCCCAGCUUGCACGCUGCUGGGGAACCCAGAUGGGCAUGGCCAGUCCUCGCCCCCGGGGACCUGCAGUGUGACAGGAACACUCAGAACUGUCCUGUCUGCCCCUUUGCCUUACUUCUCUGUCCCAAGACUCGGGGUGUAUAUCAUUUACUCACCCUCAAAGGGUUUAGCAUGCAACACUCUUUCCUUUAAAAAGAGUGGCCUUCCAGAGGGAUGAAAAUGAGGGACCCUGGCUUCGUUUCUUUUCAUCAAGUUGUGUGGCAGAGAGAAAAACCCGGAUGUUACUAGUACCUUUCUAAACAAGAGGCUCUCUUUUUCUUUAAUAUAUCCAUUUUAGAAUUUGAAUAUCCACUUUCUAAUGUCGAAGACACAAAUAUAAGAGAUAAGAAGAAACAUGACUUCCCUUAAAGCAGAAUAAUAAUAAUCCCUGAAUAAUCAAACCCGAGGGAACCUCUGUCAGCCUGGCAGGUGGAGGCCAACAUCCGAUCCUUGCCAUAGGAAACAUUUUUAUGUGACUUAGAUGGGAAAUUAGACACCUUCCUGAUGAAAUCGGUAGAUGCCAAGAAGUUGGAGAGAUAACAGCUUGAAUGACAGGUUCUAGUACCAAAAAGGCCAGAGAGACUAGAGCAAAACCUGGAUCUUUGAAAUUCACCAGGAAGCAACACAAAGUCCCACCUUUGGAUUUAAAAGACAAUUAUACAAGUACAAGGUGGGAGAGAUGGAAGACUUUCAGUUGACUAAGCUCAAUGUGAGUCAAGAAAGUGGGAUGGAACUACCCCAAAUACACACACACACACACACACACACACACACACACACACACACACAGAGACGACAUGUAGGCUGCAUAAAGAGAAAACGUUGGUGAACCAUAUUUGUGAUUGUUGGAAACUUUAAGAAGAAUAUCGAUAACAUGUAACAUCCAGAUGAGCAUGCCUGGUCCUGAUUGAGGGUGCAGACUGUGAGAAACAGUAGAAAGGACUUCAUGAGAACGUUUGGCUUGAGGAGAGACUUGGGGUAGCAACAGGAGAGCCAUCCUAGGACCAGGUGGUAAAAGCUGCAGGGAGGCAGAUUUUAGCUCUUCCAGAAGAACCAACUUUCUAUAAGUGAGAGCCUUUGAAACGUAGAGGGCUCUGUGGUUGGUGGUGACUUACCCGUCCUUGGAGGUCUCAGCAGAGGCUUAAUGGCCAUUUGUCACGGACACUGAAGGGGGGAUUCAAGCGCCCAGCUGGGACAACAGGACUUUUACUAUUCUUUCCAAUCUGGGCUUUGGUGACUCUGUAAGUAGAACAGCUUCAAGUGAUUCAGCUGGUCUGGGAUGGCAAGUACGCGGCACACAUACUUCCUGUUUCUAUGACGACCGUUUUGAACCCAGUGCUGCACCCCUCCCCAGAGCUGCUGUGGCCUCAUACCUCAGAGAACCACUAGCCAAUUGGUCGGAGCUGCCCUGUCUGGUCCUGCUUCAUAGAUGAGUAACCAAACAUCCCAAUGGCUAGUUCCCUGCCCAGACUCACACAUCUUGAUGGGGGCAGCGCCUCGACUAGAGUAGGACCCUCUAAAUACCAUCUCUCUUUCUCAACUCACUUUGCUUUCCUGCACAUUUGCCGGAGCUAAGUCAUUCUCUCCCCUCCGAACCACACUCCUGGUUCUUUCUAUUCAGUGGGUAACAGUGGGAGACGGCCAUCGUGCUGAGGAAAGUGGGACCCUCCAGCCAGCUUUCUCAGCAUCUUCCAGACGUUGAGCCCUUUGCCUCAGUGAGAGGAAAGCCAUUCUGUUACAUAAACUUCAUUUCCACCUGCCUUGACCCCCAGAUCCCCACCAUUCAGUUUGACGGAAGGAUAUACUUUGUUAUAACUUAUUAUUUUGUUCUUUGUAAAUACAAGAUGUUUAUAGGAAAUGUGUAUUCUGAACUCUACCGGCAGAAUGAGUCACUACACCAAAAUAGUUCUAUUAUUUAGAAUAUGUUAAUUGUAAAGGGACCUAAUAGGUAUUUAUUUACAUAUUCAAUCCACAUUUGCAUAAAAUUAUUUGAUCCUACUAACCCAGCUUCCUGGAAAGUUGCUGCACGUGAUGUUUUAUUCUAAGUCCAUAGUUACAAUUUAGUAUACUGAUUAGCCAAAUUCCUUGGGUUUUAAGAUCAAAUAUAAAUUACUCUACUUUUUGACUCAUUCAGGGGUUUUUACCCCUGGGAUUGUACCUGAAACAGGUCUGUUUGGAUUGCCACCUUUCUGCCUUAAAUAUCAUAUUUGCUCAUAUAAUCUGCCCCCUCCUCAUCCUCAAAUAUUUGGAGAAGGAAAUAGGAGGGACAUUUUCAUCCCUUCUCUUUGUCUUGUUCGUUAGAAUCACCAGCAGUGAGUUGCUUGGGAGGCUGGCUUGGAGCUGUGAAGGAGGCAGGGUCCCCUGGCAGGGGCCGGGAGGGGCUUCCAGAUGUGAUGCCUUCGUUGCCCUGACCACGCCUCCAGGGUCCCCGCUGGCCACUGCAGAGUGGGACUCCAGGUUGUCCGCUGCACAGCCAGGAGCAAGGGACCCCUGGAGUACUCCACUGACCCCACGUCACCCUCGUGGUGUCAAUUAUUGCUUAAAGAGGUGGAGGGUAGAAGGCAGAUUAUAUGAGUAAAUACAGUCUGUUGUAUCUUCAGCAAAAAUGACAACUAUUUUUGUGUAUGACUAAUUUAUUUUUAUUAUUGUAAAAAAUACAAUA